AUUUUUAAAGUCACGGUCGAGUGGCACAAACAAAUCGUGUCGUAUGACGUCACCGUCAUUCCUCUUUUAGCGGUGUUGGCGUUAAAGCGCCGGUGUCCGGAGGAGUAUCCAAACCGUGCGCACACGCGCGCCGUGGAAAAGCUGCCUCUUCCCCGCGGUGUGUGUCUUUAACACACACGCACACACACACACACACACACAGAGAGAGAGAGAGAGAGAGAGAGAAGGAGAGGAGAUAAGGCGAGGAGGAGCUCCGCCGCCACACGCUCGUCCGCGUCAACGGGAGGCUGCUGGACGCACUCGGAUUAGCGGCCAGUCCACUGGCUGCAGACCGGCGCCGUGGCCCGCGCGCACCGCCGCCCAUCACUCCGCCUCACGCACCUGGGCAGAGCCGCAGCACCAGCAGCAUUUGAUAGAUUUAGUUUUUUUUUAAUUAUUGUGGCUUUUAUCUCCGUGGGUGGCAAGUUUUUUUUCUUCCCCCCCCCACACACAUUUUCUUUACUGCGUUAAAUAGGCUUGGAGCGGUCUCCGAAGCGAAGAGGACGCCGGGGCUUCACGGAGGAACCUCCUCAGCAUCUGUUUCGUUUCCUCUUCAGUUUUCUUCAGAAUCUCUUCAAGUAAGAUUUGCCUGUGAGAGGAAGAUAUGAAGUUUGUAGGCUCCCUAUGGACCCUGUGGUUUCUCCUGGUGCACAGGGCUGCAGCAGGGACUCAACCAAUCCCAGACACAUCACUCAGCCCUGGACAGAGCAUGACAGACGGACCGAGUCAGGCGGUGAGCCAGGGUCAAUACCAAUGUCUUCAGCUGUCCAACAAAAACCACCAACACAACAGAACUGGUAAGUUCUGUGGACGUUUAUGGGAUGGUUUGUUUUGCUGGGGUGAGACACCAGCUGGGACAUCUGUAACGCGAAACUGUCCAGAUCAUCCUGACCUGGACCCAACUGAAAAAGUGACCAAACAUUGUGACAAAUUGGGUAACUGGGUCGAGACUGUCUCCACCUGUCAGCCUGAUUCAAAGGACAAAUUAGAGGAAAUCCCCCAUUUUGUAAGGGAUGCUGCUGGAGAGCUGACUACAGAGGCCACAGAGGUUAACUCAGAAAAAGCCAGUUUUGUUCAAAAAAUGAUCUUCGAGAACAAAAAGAAAUGUUUAGAGAAAAUGGAACAAGACCCUCCUUAUGAUAAAUCAGGUCUGUACUGCAGUCGUAAAUGGGACGGCUGGCUGUGCUGGGAUGAUACUCCAGCAGGAAUUUACGCCUCCCAAAACUGCCCCAAUUACUUUGUUGACUUGGAUCCCACAGAAAAGGUAACUAAAUACUGUGGAGGGGACGGACAAUGGUUUCACCGUCCAGAGACCAAUGGGAUUUGGACCAGCUAUACACUCUGUGCAACCGCCCAUGAGACGAGACAAAGGGAAGUGAAAAUGCUUGAGAAUGAAUUCAAAUGCCUUCUGAAAAUAAAUCAAGAUCCGCCGUUGAACAAUUCAGGUGUGUACUGCACUCGUUACUGGGACGGCUGGCUGUGCUGGGGCGACACUCCAGCAGGAACCUACGCCUCCCAGAACUGCCCGGAUUAUUUUUCCGACUUGGACCACAACGAGAAGGCAACUAAGUACUGUGGAGAAGACGGGCAGUGGUUUCGCCAUCCAGAGAGCAACAAAACCUGGACUAACUAUACACUUUGUGCUGUCAACACCAAGGAGAAGUUGAAGGCAGCUGCCCAGUUCUCAGGGGACACUGAGGUUCAGCCCAUCGAAGAGGCCACGGCCAGCCCCACGGUUAACCAAGAAGAGCAGGAAAUUGUGAGAAGGAAAAUCCUUGACAGCCAAUACAAAUGUUUUGAGAAAAUGAAUCGAGAUUCACCAUAUAACAAAUCAGGGUUGUACUGCAGUCGUAACUGGGAUGGCUGGCUGUGCUGGGAUGAUACCCCGGCAGGAACCUACACGUCUCAAAACUGCCCCAAUUAUUUUGUGGACUUUGACCCCACAGAAAAGGCCACUAAGUACUGUGGGGAGGAUGGUCAAUGGUUUCGCCACCCGGAUACCAACAGGACUUGGUCCAACUACACACUCUGCAACGAAAACACUAAGGCCAAAUUGAAGUCAGCAUACAUCCUGUUUUACAUGGCCAUUGUGGGCCAUGCUUUAUCUAUAGCCUCGCUGCUCAUCUCUCUGGCCAUCUUCUUCUACUUCAGGAGUCUGAGCUGCCAAAGGAUCACCCUUCACAAGAACCUCUUCUGCUCCUAUGUGCUCAAUUCUGCCCUCACCAUCAUCUACCUUGUAGCAGUGGUCAACAAUCCAGAAGUGGUGGGCAGAAACCCGGUCGGCUGUAAGGUGUUGCACUUCUUCCAUAUGUACAUGCUGGGCUGCAAUUACUUCUGGAUGCUCUGUGAAGGCAUCUACCUGCACACUCUCAUCGUGGUGGCUGUGUUUGCGGAGGAGCAGCAUCUGCACUGGUACUACCUCCUGGGCUGGGGCUUUCCACUAGUCCCUGCAUCCAUCCACGCCGUGGCAAGGAAAAAGUAUUUUGACGACAACUGUUGGAUGAGUGUGGAAACCCAUCUGCUCUAUGCGGUUCAUGGUCCUAUAGUGGCAGCGCUUCUUGUGAACCUCUUCUUUUUACUGAAUAUUAUAAGAGUGUUGGUGACCAAGUUGAGAGACACACACCGGGCAGAGUCCAACAUGUACAUGAAGGCGGUGAGAGCCACGCUGAUCCUGGUGCCCCUGCUGGGAAUACAGUUUGUCAUCUUUCCCUGGAGGCCAGAGAACCGGCUGGCUGGGGAGGUCUACGAGUACAUCAUGCACAUACUCAUGCAUUACCAGGGUUUACUGGUAGCAACAAUAUUCUGCUUCUUCAAUGGAGAGGUUCAGGCAGCCCUAAAGAGACAGUGGAUGCAGUAUAAGACGCAGUGGGGUCAGAGACGAAAGGACCACUGCUCCAUGCGCUCCACGUCCUACACGGCCACCUCCAUCACCGAGGUACCCGCCUUCAUGUACCACCACGAAUGUAACAGCGAACACUUGAACGGACGCCACACAGAGGACUCUGAACUGGUGGCACUAAAAUCAGGGGAAGCGUACGCAUGAGUCACACUGAGGAUGAAGAGUGUAGCAGCUGGAACAGACAAGAAAGAGCCACAGAGCAACAGAGAUGUACAGCAAGACCACAAAAUGAAUCCAAUUUCCCCACCACAUCUCAGCGAUUAAAUCUCAGAGGCUAAAACUGGUUUGUUCAGCCCAGGAUGAUAAUGCGGGCCGGACACAAAGAACUCGGAGAGACGAAGAUGGAUGAGCUAUAAAACUGACACUUAUUUUCACUUGAUAACGGUGUGGGCGGCUGCUUUUGGGAGAACUUUGAUGUCGAGAACUUGUGGCACAAGAGAAGAGCUGCUUUUGACGCAUGUCACUUCAUAAAGCUGCUAAACUGUGAGAGAGAGAGCUCAAGGUAACGGAGGCUUCUGCUCGUUUGGAGACGGAAAUAACUGUGACUGUGAACAGUGUGGGUGGUGAGUUUUUUUGUUUGAGACAAGGUUGCUGAAUGUGACAGACGAUCGCACCAGUUGUGGUUGAGAUGAAGAAGCAGUGAAUGACAGUUAAGAUGGUGUGAUGUUAUGGAUGAUUCUGAUCAACAAGGUGAAGAAGAAUCCUUCCAAACCUCACCUACACCAAAGGGUACGGUAUGUUGGUCACAGUUAUAAAGAGGUGUACUGUGAACUGUCAAGAUGAGCACAGAUGUGGUGCCCUGACGCAAAACGCAAAACACACGCACGCACACACACACACACACACACACACACACACACACACACACACACACACACACACACACACACACACACACACACACACACACACACACACACACACACACACACACACACACACACACACACACACACACACACACACACACACACACACACACACACACACACACACACCAAUCAAUAUUACAAACCUGGUCGUGCCAUGAUAAGAGGUCAAAAUUACAAAAGACCCUCUGUGCUCUGGAAUUGUGUACAUAAUGUAUGUUCACCAUGUUUUAUUUGGAAAUGUGUUAUAAUGUUUUGGAAAGAUUUUAUUUUUAAUUUUCUAUCAAUAUUUUAUUCCAGCCAGUUUCUAAGUACGUGCAAGUACGUGUUUGUCCUGUGAUGCACUCCCGACAGCUUUGUUGUUUUGCAGUUGCUGUAUUUGUGCCAAUGCCGAACAUCACAGGGCAGAGAAGCAAAAAGAAGCUAAAUGUGUACACACACACAAAUAUAAAUACAUGAAUAAAAAACUUUAAGAUUUAA